AUGAACAACGAAUCUGAACUUGCUAUUGUCGGCAGCCAGUCGCCAGAAGGCGAUAUGGACGACGGGCACGAUGACAAGAGCGCGCAGAAUAGAGGCUCUUCAAAUUCGGAUGGCGGGCCGGCGCGCAAGCGCCGGCGCAGUCGCAAAGGACUCAGCAAACGUUUUGAAUGUCCGACGGAGGGCUGCGGGAAAAGUUACUCAAGAGCAGAGCACCUCUACCGCCAUCAGCUCAAUCACAGCUCCAAGACAGUCUUCCGCUGCAGCUUCCCAGACUGCACUCGUACGUUCGUCCGGGGAGACUUGCUGAAGAGGCACAUGGAUCGCCACACGGCCAAGGGCUCACAGCUGAGUCGCCGUGACUCUGUGCUUAGCCACGUAUCUCAGUCAGGCAAUGCCUUGGGCUCUGCAUCCCCCGAGACUGCAAGACCGGCACAAGACUACCAGCAGCAGCGUGCGCACAGUGGCUAUCAGCACGAUGGGUCGUACUCUCCGAUCACACCCUCACAACCAGGGCCAUACACCAAUGGGGGGCAGGUGAAUGGCCACCAGAACCUCGGCGGCUAUCACUACCCCAUAUCUCAUGAGCAGCCGCACUCACCUGUAGCACCAGCGCAUCCUACCGGGGAUCCACCCUAUGGCGUUUCAUCACCGGUGCCGAAUCAGCAACAGGGUUUCGCCGGGUCCCCGCCCGUCGGCGGGAGCUAUGUGCCUCAACAUAGUAUGAUGUCCUUUGACCUCGGGCCCUCGCAGUACGGGAAUGGUAGCGGUCAGCAGGUGUCGCAAGGGGGCGUGUCGCAGUCGUACGCUGCUGGCAUCAAAGGCGAAUUCACGGAAAGUCAACAAGCCACCGAGAUGAUGAUGCUAGGUCAAAUGGGUAUGCCUGGCACUGUCCCAGUAUUUGGGAGCGACAUACUGAACAAGUCGCCCUACGCUGGGUUGCCCGAGGACUUCUUGUCUUAUCUCUUCAACACAGCCUCACCCGGUGAACGAUCACCGGGGCCAAAGGAUAUGAUGCAGGCCCCCUACUCAAGCUAUGGCGACUUGAACAACGCGCAAUACUCCAUCCCCUACGUUGGCCAAGACCCUGGAUCAAUGGGCUACUUUCCAUCGGCUCCCCAGCAAGUCAUGGCUGUCAACAAUUUGCUCGAGCAAAACGUCCCAGAGGCCGACAUCUCCGAGGAAAAGUGCCAAGAGCUGUUUGAUCUCAUUCGCGAUCGAUUCCACGAAAAAGACGAGGCGCCCAUCGACCGCCGCCGCGACAGCAUCCUGGACGGCGACCGUGCCGCCGAAAACCACGUGCUGAGCCAGAGGAUGAUCCAGGCCUACAUUGGCUCCUACUGGUAUCAUUUUAGUGAACAACUGCCCAUUCUUCACAAGCCAACCUUCUCGCCAAACAACACACCGAACCUCCUCCUCCUAUCCAUGAUGACAAUAGGCGCCGCCUUGCUUGACAGAACACACGGGACGAAAGUAGUCAAAGCAGGAGCUAAGCUCUCCAACUUUCUGGCCUGGCACCUGCGAUGGGAAAUCUUUCAAGACGUCGGCGCCCGACCCCCAGCAAAGCUAUGGAUUUUCCAGGCUCUGAUAUUGUUGGAGUUGUAUGAGAAGAUGUACUCGACACGAGAACUUCACGAGCGGGCCCAUAUCCACCACGCGACGACGAUUCAGCUCAUGCGCCGCGGUCGGGCGUUGAUUGGAAAAUCGUCCGUGGAAUCGCCGCCCCAUGCUAUGAGCAGCCUCAACGGGUCACGUCACUCGUCAACUUCUGGCAUUGCGCAGACAGCAGAGGAGUGGUGGAAUCAGUGGAUUACCAAUGAAGCUACAAGGAGGGCUGCAUUUGCCGCCUUUGUGGUCGACUCUCUGCACGCCACCAUGUUUGGGCAUUCUGGUGUCAUGGUAGCUCAUGAGAUGAGGCUGCCGUUGCCUUGCGACGAGUCCCUGUGGCAGGCCACAAGCAGUGCCGAGGUUGGGCGACUAGAGUCGAAUCUGUUCUCGCGCGGGAACAAGCCUGUUUCCUUCCUUGAGGGUCUGAAGCGAACACUGUGCGGCCAGGAUGUGCAGACCAACUCAUUUGGACGGACUGUGCUGAUGACAGGACUGCUGAGCGUCUCGUGGCACAUGCACCAACGUGACCUUCAAGUCAAUGUGUUGGGACGUGGCGUAGGGUCCUCGCUGGGUGGUCGCGACAAGUGGCGGGCUACCUUGACUCGAGCCUACGACAUUUGGAAAGCCGACUUUGACAAAUCGUUGCCGCGGAGCGAUGCUGACCCCUACCACCACAACGCGGCCAAGAGGAACGAGUUCAACAUUGUGUUCGAGAGCCGGACUGUGCUACAUCAUCUGGCGCACAUGGCCAUGCAUGCCGACAUCGUGGACGUACAGAUGUUCGCGCGAGCCAAGCGACUUCUCGGGCGAGCGAUCGGCCCCCAGGAAUUCAAAAGUGCAGAGCGCAGGAUCAAGGACGCGUGGGCGCCGUCUGCUCGCGCUCGCGAUGCCACAUAUUACGCGCUCAAGUUUCUGUGCUCAGUGUUGAUCCCCGACGCGCAAGGACCGUCACUGGGCGGCGCUUACCACCACGAGGAACCAUAUCGUGCGCGAGAUGACGUGCUGCUGAAUCGGCCAUGGGUCAUGUACUUUGCCAUGCUUGUCGUCUGGUGCUACGGCUAUGCGUUGGAAGGACCAAGCUCGCACGUAGCAUACCCCUCGUCUCAUCAUGAGAAGAUGCAGCAGAUGAGAGACUACUUGACUCGUUUCGGAAGCAUAUCCAACCCGCAUGACCUCCAGCAGGCGAAGGGACUGAACUGCAACACGGCGUUGCUUCUGGUUCUGAAGGAUACGUUUGAGGAGACGAGAUGGGAGUUGCUGCACGAGGGAUCGAACCUGCUCAACAAUUGCAUCACGUUGAAUAGUGGUGGCAUGGUGCCCUGA